AUGGUUAAAAAUUGUUUAUAUGUCAUAAUAUUCCUGAUUGUAAACUUUUAUAAAUUAAACAGUGCAAAGACUGAAAACACGAUUUUAGAGCGAAAAAUUCCCGAAAUACGUAUAAUAAACGGAUACACGUGUUCGACGAACGAUUAUCCAUUUGUGGUGAAGAUUAAAUUGGGGUACACUGCAAAAAAAUCGGUAACGAGUUGUGGAGGAACUCUCAUUCGACCGAAAUGGGUACUAAGUGCAGCACAUUGUUUUUCAUCUAAAGAUGUACCUAAAGGAGUGGAUUUUUGGAUAGAGGCAGGUUGCGAUAAUCUUCAAUCAGGACAAACUGUUGAAGUUGAAACUUUUUAUAUUCAUUUAAAAUAUAAGGAGUCAAAUGCCAUAAACGACAUAGCAAUAGUAAAAUUACGAGAUCCAAUAGUUCAUGUGGACGGUAUUGGAUACGCCACGCUUCCAAGACGCAAUGAUUCAAUUUGCUCGAAAGCCGUUGUAAUGGGCUGGGGCCUUACGAGUAACAACUUGAAUCCCAAUCAAGCACUUUCAAUUUCUCUUCAAUGCGGUUCCGUUGAAAUUAUUGACAAAAGCAAAUGUUUAGAAAUAUCCAGAGAGAUUUCGAUAAAUUUCGAUUUCGAUAAACAUAGUCAAAUUUGUACCUUCUCCAGGAAACAAAAAGCCGAAGCAAGACAGGGAGAUUCUGGAGGACCCUUAUUAUGCGGUGAUGUACAAGUUGGCAUUGUUUCUUUUAAAACUGUUAUAGAUCCUAAUAACAUGGAUAUAGAGUCUCCAGUUGUAUAUACUCGUGUACAAUAUUUUUUGGAUUUUAUCAAUGAUACUAUAGAAAAUAGUGGAACUAUGCACUCGCGUUCUAUUUUAAUGGUAUUUAUUAUUUUUCUUAGACUAUUGCAUAAUAUAAGUGUAUGUCAUUAA